UUUUAUGGAAAUGAAACGCAAGAGCCCGCUAGCGCCCGCCUGCCAGAGAAACCGCAAUGCACGGGGGGUCAGGUUGUAAAAUGCUAACAGUAGAUGGCGGUAACCCAAGAAAGCUGAUCUGACAGAUCCACCAGAGCCCCCUUGUCUCAGUUUGCAUUCGCAAAAAAAAUAGAGGCAGGGAAGCCGAGCAAAGCUGAAGGACAUCAAAUGAAACGCGAUCGCUCGCAGCGGCUCCUCUCGAGUUUUUCGCAGAACCAGGAGCCGGGAGUCGGCAAGUCGUGAGAACAUGGAAGACAAAUCAAAUUCCAUCUCCAGCAACAAGGACGAAAAAGCCGACGGGAAUAAUGUUUUCCAGAGGCAAGACUCCAUACAGAAGAAUAACACGGGGAGCCAAAACAUGAAAGAACACGCCAAUUCGGUGGGCUUUAAGGGGGACAGGGAAGAAGCCAUGGUGGGCUUUGAAGAUUUGGAAGGGACGUCGAGGCAGCACGGCUUCAUGCAGCGACAGUUUGGGGCUAUGAUGCAGCCCGGGGUUAAUAAGUUCUCCCUGCGUAUGUUCGGGAGCCAGAAAGCCGUGGAGAAAGAGCAAGAAAGGGUGCAAACGGCCGGAUACUGGAUCAUUCAUCCCUACAGCGAUUUUAGGUUUUACUGGGACUUGAUAAUGUUGAUCAUGAUGAUGGGGAAUCUGAUCAUCAUUCCUGUCGGAAUAACAUUCUUUUCUGAACAAACAACCACCACCUGGCUAGUGUUUAAUGUUGCCUCAGACACCAUCUUCCUGGUUGACCUGGUCAUGAACUUCAGAACGGGGAUUGUCAAUGAAGAAAGCUCUGAAAUCAUAUUGGAUCCCAAGGUGAUCAAAAUGAACUAUUUAAAAAGCUGGUUUGUGGUCGACUUCCUCUCUUCUAUACCCGUGGAUUAUAUCUUUCUAAUUGUGGAGAAGGGGUUUGACUCUGAAGUGUACAAGACUGCUCGUGCAUUGCGCAUCGUGAGGUUCACGAAAAUCCUCAGUCUCCUGCGACUUUUGCGUCUUUCACGACUCAUCAGAUACAUUCAUCAAUGGGAAGAGAUUUUCCAUAUGACCUACGACCUGGCGAGUGCCGUGGUAAGAAUAUUUAAUCUCAUUGGAAUGAUGCUUCUCCUUUGCCACUGGGACGGUUGUCUGCAGUUCCUGGUCCCCCUUCUCCAAGAUUUCCCACCUGAUUGCUGGGUGUCGCUAAAUGGUAUGGUUAAUGACUCCUGGGGGAAGCAGUACUCAUACGCCCUCUUUAAAGCGAUGAGCCACAUGCUCUGCAUUGGCUAUGGAGCCCGCGCGCCUGUAAGCAUGUCUGACCUGUGGAUCACCAUGCUGAGCAUGAUUGUGGGUGCCACCUGCUACGCCAUGUUUGUCGGCCAUGCCACCGCCCUCAUCCAGUCCCUGGACUCGUCUCGAAGGCAGUAUCAAGAGAAGUACAAGCAAGUGGAGCAGUACAUGUCCUUCCACAAGCUACCUGCAGAUAUGCGACAGAAGAUACACGAUUACUAUGAGCACCGGUACCAGGGCAAGAUCUUUGAUGAAGAUAAUAUUUUAAGUGAGCUGAAUGAUCCACUGAAAGAGGAAAUUGUGAACUUCAACUGCCGGAAGCUUGUAGCUACAAUGCCGCUGUUUGCCAACGCUGACCCAAACUUCGUGACGAGCAUGCUGAGUAAAUUGAAGUUUGAAGUGUUCCAGCCCAAUGACUACAUAAUUCGUGAGGGCACUGUGGGGAAGAAGAUGUACUUCAUCCAGCACGGGGUUGCCAGCGUCAUUACUAAACACAAUAAAGAGAUUAAGCUAACAGAUGGAUCUUAUUUUGGAGAGAUCUGCUUGCUGACUAAAGGGCGCCGCACUGCCAGUGUGCGUGCUGACACCUACUGCCGUCUUUUCUCGCUGUCCGUCGAUCACUUCAACGAGGUGCUGGAAGAAUAUCCCAUGAUGCGGAGGGCUUUUGAGACCGUGGCUAUUGACCGGCUCGACCGCAUCGCAUUCCAGAAUGAUCGGCAACAAAGCAGCACUCCCCUCUGAGAUGGCAGCAAAUAGAGAACGAUUCAAUCUACUUAACCAGGUAAGCUGGUGUAAUCGAGUUUAAGUCAUGCAGAAACCGUCCUGGGACUUGGGAAUGAAUCCCCCACCCCCCACGAAAAAACUGUUUGAUGUGGAACAAAACUCCUAAUUUUAAGAAUGGUGCUUUAGCCCUUUUCAGAAUUAUCGUAUGAAAUAACACAUACUAAGUAUUAUCUUCUCAACUGCUGUCUCUUCAAUGAUUAUGAUGUAGUCUAAUAAAAUUCUGAUGCUAUUUCAAAAAGAAAGAAAACAUUAUAAGAUAAAGGAUCUUUUGUUGAAAUAGUCACAUGACUAUUUAAUUCACAUGAGCCUUUGGUGGAAUUUUUAAGUGGCAGGUGAUUUUUGUGUAAUUCUACACACAUUGUUAUUGGUUUAAAGUAACUGCAGUUAUAUCUAUGUGGGAUAUUUCAGAUCUGGACAUAUCUGUGAUAGAUUUAUCACAUAUCUGAAUAAACAGCUUUUUUAGGUUUCAGAAGUAUGUGUAGAAAUAGACUCUCAGGCGGUUGGUUAAUGAGGCUUAUGUUCCUGGAGUAUGUGAAAUGUCAUUUCUUAUAUAUAGCAUAGCAUUCUUACAUAAAAUGGAUUCCAUGCAUCUCUGAACAGCAUCCUAAGUGUGUCAAAGGGCAGGAUCUUUGAUCAUCAUUCUGCUGACUUCCCCGUUUAGCUCCUCUGCCUCCCACCCUGUCAGACAGAAUUAGUGCUGAUGGUAGGAGCGUCACACAGUGCCCCCCCCCCCCCCCCCCGCACACUGACAGCUGGCAGGGGUCUGGCCGACAUUUACUUUGCCACAACGUUAUGUGCACUUCAUACAUUUUGUUAAAAAUGCGCGAUGCAUCUCCUGAGGGUAACAUCUAUGAUCAUCAGAAUAUGAAAUUAUCGUGAGAGGCCGGUGAAUUAUUCAUUUGCGAAAUUAUAUAAUAUUUUACAUUCUCACAUGUACUACCUAGAUGUCAGUGUCAGCUUUGUUUUAUUCAAACCAUGCAUGAUUUUUAUAUGGGCUAUAUAAAAAUUCUAAAUCUGUAUUUAUCCUUUUGUAUUUCUGACCCAUGCAUGCCUUCCUUGGGGGCAGCAUGGCGGAAUUGUGAUGCAGGUCAACAUGGUCAUCUCUCACCCCCUACAGACCAGGGUUCAGUUCCUUGCCUUGGCUCUCGGUGUGCAGAGUGUGCAUGUUCUCCCCAUGGGGUGUUUUCCGAUCCCAGCCGCUCCCCCACAUUCUAAAAACGUGAAUUGGGGUUGCCCAGUUGUCCGUAGGUGUGAAUGGUGCGUCUGCUCCAUGCCGGGUGUUUCUCGGAUAGGCCCCAGACCUUUGCCGCAAUGUAUAGGACAAACAGUAUGGACAGUGUAAAAAUAAUAUCCUUACCUUCAGAUAACAAAUAAUACAUUAAAUGUAAAAUUUCAUAAAUAUUCUUAUAUCGCCUAUAAUUAUAAAAAAUGCAUUGGCUUCCAUUGGUUAUUUUUUUAAAUCAUCUUUAUUGGUUCCAUUGAUGUUUGAUAAAUGGGGGGGAAAUUUAUGAAAGGUUAUCAUCCAGGAAUGGCAUACGUCUUCACAUGAGACAGUGGACGUUUUGUGGGCUCUUCAUAAUCGUCUUAUUUACGACAAUCCAGCUUCAAAAUGGAACCUGACAGCACUUAUCCCAAUAUAUAUAUUUAUGAUACGCGUGUCAUUAUUAGUAAGAAAUCUUUAUUCUUAGUACAAUAUGCUGAACUAAUGUAAAUAUUAUAAUAUAAACAUAAGAAGAUGUACUGUAUUAUGUCAAUAACGUACAAUAAUCGGUAGUUUGAAACCUAAUUUAUUCUUAAUUAUUGAUCGUUAAGCACUGGUAAACUUUGUGCGCAUGUUGGAUUUUCAAUUUAAAAUGUACAUUCUGUUUACUUCAUAGUGAUUUCUUUAAGAGAACCCUGUUUUCAAUUUGACAGUAUAGAGUAUUGAAUUGCUUAUUUGCUAUUUUUGAAGAUUUCCCUCCAAACAGGUUUAUUCUGUUCUGUGAUUGCAAUACGUUUAAUGCAUGUUGUACUCCCAAACUACAGAAAAUCAGCAUGUGACACCUGUAUUAUUCAGUGACAUGUAAGUCUCCAGCCCUGUAUAUUCAUUACCUUUAUUAUUAGAUCUAGUAACCGUGGUUCUCCCCAUGUGCUUCCUUUAUAGCAGAAGCUAUAGAAUAAAUGACUGACUGCAGGUCAGACUUUUCUGCUUCUAGAACCAAUUUGUAGGUAGUACUAUAGGUAGUUAUAGGCAUAGUUAAUGGUUAUACAAAAAUAUAUGUGUGCGUGAAAAAAAAUAUGUAUGUGGCAAAUAGGAAAUGGUGAAAUAUAGUUGCAUAAAUAGGAAUCUUUUUUAUGAUGAACGUGUGUGCGCAUGUAUGUAUGUCAACGUGAAGCAAUAUACGGUAAGAAAUCUCAUUGUGUCAAAGAAGCAAUCAUGAUCAUUUCAGAUAUGAUCUUUAUGCUAUUUUAAGGAUGUCCUGAUUCCCCUGACGUUUCACUUUUUUCAGCGUAACCCAUAUAGCAUGUGCAGAUGGAUAGUAUCAUCAUUUCAGUUUGACUGGUUUUGUGACUAACUACAUAGAUGUGUGUGUUUUGGACUUUGUGAUUCAUUUAUUGCCAUAAUGUGUACUUCACAUCAGUCUUCUAUUAAUAUGUUCUAAUAGUUUGUUCUUUACAUCAAUCGCAAAAGAUAACAUUGGCGGAAGCAGAAAUUGUUGCUGCACUGCGGUAAUAUUUGCUGACCUUAGCGGUAAAACAGACUUAAGGCCUUCGGAAUAUGAAAUAACUUACGAGGGAAGUGGUGUCCACAUAGUAAAGUGAGGAGUUCAGAAACCUCUUCAGAUUCAUUGAGGGGCGUUCAAACUGACAGUUUUAUUCUCUGGCUUUGUGCCUGACUGCAGUGACAAACGUUACUUUAAAAUAGUUAAUGAUGGGAAGAAAAAUAGUAAAAAGAAACAAAAAUGUUUUUUGGAUUAUAUGGCUAGGAUAUGAAUGGCUGUAUCACAUAAAAAUCAAACGUUUAGUAGUUUUAUUAAAGGAUAUCAUAAUUAUACCUGAUAUACUUAAGAAUAUUUAACUUCUUUUAACACCCAAUAACUUCUUCAUAGGUGAAUAAAACACAUCACAGCUGCUUAAAAUGAUUUUCAUAUUAUUCAUCAUAGACAAUUCAAUCUAUUCUUAUGCUGGAAUAAAUGCCUUGGUUUAUUCAGUAGCAAACUGAACCAAAAUCUCAAACAAUUUUAUAUUUUGAAAUAUAGUUUGCUAUUGUUUUAGUAUUGGAAAAUAUGGAAACAAGCCAAUAAGAACACAUAAAACACUGGUAUCCCGCUUAAGGUCUCAUUUUAAGUUACUUAAACAAGCCUUAAAAGUUUAUUUCUCUCAUGAUAUCUGAGGACAGUGUACUUUUCAUUGUCUUGAAAUUAAAUUUGACAUUAUAGUUUUAAAGGGAGGAUUUUUGUUUAAAAUUCUGUUCUUUGCAGUAAACUAGAACAUACAAAAGUACACAAGUAGAUUAUGACUCUCAUUCACAUUUGAUAUUUAAGUCCUGCAUAGGUCAUUUUUUUUCCUUUUCACUUUUUACUGCAUUGGACAGUGUGUGGUAAGUAAAAAAGAAAUGAUGUGUGUGUGUGUGUGUGUGUGUGUGUGUAGAUUAGGAUCAAAUGUCCCCCACAAUGUAAUAAAAACCUACUUUUCCAGGUCCCCACAAAUAUCUGUGAACGCAAUCAGUAAAUCAGUAAAACAAAAAUAUUUUGUUUGGUUACUUAUGAUUAAAGUUAGGGCUGGGUAGGGGUUAAGGUCUAGGUCUUCAUGUUGGAAUUAGAGUUUUCCUCAUAGAGCCCCCACAAAGAUAUAAUUACAAACCUGUGUGUGUGUAUGUAUGUGUGAACAAAAAAGUAGUUAAGAAAGAGUUAAUAGUGAGUGUUGAACUAAUUAUUUUGAUGGCGAAUAUGAUUUCAUCUGCAUGGAAUUUAUUAGCGACUAUAAUAAUAAUUAUUAUUAUUAUUGUUAUUACUAUUAUUAUAUGAACAUGUCUUAAACUGCAUUCAUGGCACCAGAUGACGUGUAACUCAGCAGGUUAAGGAUCCGUGCCAGGAAGUUGUGGGUUCAAGUCCUUUAGCUGCCCUUACUUCUUUCAGAUAAACAAUAACUCAUACGUUUGCUUAUGUAUCUUUGAAUUUAGACAUUUCUCUUGUUCGCCUCUCAACAGGGAAGAAGAAUUCGCUCCUGCUGCAGAAGUUCCAAAAGGACUUGAAUGCUGGUGUCUUCAACACACAGGAAAACGAAAUCUUGAAACAAAUUAUCCGCCAG